AUGUACUUCAACAAGAUCGCGUUCGCUGCAGUCGCUUUUGCUACCGUACAAGUGUCGGCGCUUGUACCGAGGAGCGUUUUUGAGCAUUUCGUGGCUCGUCAGAGUGGGCCUUGCGAUGAUACUUGCGCUCCCUUCCAGACAGCUGUAAACACAUGCAACACGACAGCGUGUCUUUGUACCACUGCUGUGGCAACUAAUCUUCAAGAAUGCGUGGACUGUGCCGUUGGUGUAAGCAAUAACGCGACUGUAAUCGCAGCCGCACAAUCCCUUGUUUCCACGUUCAGCAACAGUUGCGCAUCAUUCAACAUCCCCGUCGUCACCGUACCCGGCGGCAGCGCGAGCACUUCAGCCUCAUCCAGCUCUACGCGAUCAGUCAACACCGUCAGCAGCGUCAGCGAUCCAACGACCAGCUUCAGUCAAAUCGUCGUCCGGCCUUCAACUACGGACCCCAGCACCGCUACCGCUGUUGUUGGAGGAUCUGGGGCUUCGGAUCUGGAUACUCGUAACACCAAUUCCUGGGACCUCGAGUAUCUGAGCGCAGAAAUCAUGAGCUCCCUGGCGUUUCUGGUCACUGAACUUCAGUCUCUGGCUAGUGAGACAAGAAGAAAGCAUCCUGAGAUACGGGAGGCUGCCGAGAAGUCACUGGCCAUUUUGCGUGCAUCACCUGAACAGGCCACGGCCAACCUAGCCUCAGAUGGCCCGCAAUCCGACGACCUGCUCCGACCAGUUUUUAUGGGCUGCGCAACGAAGAACGCGAAAGUCGUCGCCAUCUCUCUAGGCUCCCUCCAGCGCCUCAUCUCGCUCAAGGCCGUCCCUCAGUCGGCCGUGCCGCUCAUCAUCACCACCAUGAAUGACGCGAUGUCUCAAGGCGUAGACAUCCAACUGCGUAUCCUCCAAACUCUCGUAUCGCUCGUCCCGAACUUCCCAGCCAUCCACGGCAGUCUGUUGGGAGAUGCACUGCUUCUGUGUUUCAAGCUGCAAGAGUCACGAAUAGCAGUCGUUUCGUCGACAGCGGCUGCAACUCUUCGUCAACUCGUUAUGUUCGUGGUGGAUAAGAUGGUACUGGAGGAUCGAAUGGCAGAGACGGAAGAGAUACCAGCUUCGAAGCUUUCAGAGGUCCAACUGCCAGAUGGUACUACGAAACACCUCGGUCCGUCGGCAAAGGACGCGUUCUCCGUGUUUGAAGACCUGUGUCUGCUUGCGAAUGGGGAGAAGCCGCAUUUCUUGAAGCUAGAGUUCCUUCAUAAAACGUUCGCGUUGGAGUUGAUUGAGAGUGUACUCACGAAUUACCACGAACUCUUCCGAAAACACAAUGAACUCAUCCUCCUCCUUCGCCACCAUCUAUGCCCGCUUCUCCUCAAAUCCCUAUCAGAAAGACCGCAAUUCCCACUAUCAUUGCGCUGCACGCGCGUUGUCUUCCUGCUGCUCAAGCAAUUUUCGUUUGAGCUGAAGACGGAGGCAGAAGUCUUCCUGAUGAUGCUCAUUCGAAUAAUCAGCGAUGACAAUGCGUCAGAGAGCGGCGAGCACCACCACCAACACCAUGCUCAUUCCUCGCGGCCUUCAUGGAUGCGUGUCCUAGCCAUGGAGAUCAUGCGUGGCCUCUGCUCAGACGCAGAGCUCAUCCGGAACAUGUGGGACCGCUAUGACGCCCAGGACUCGGGCUCGAAAGCAGUGACGUCUCUGAUCACGGCAUUGAGAAGGCUGGUGACGGAGAAGCCUGCUUUGCUGGGAGUCAGCUCGCAGAUGGGCGGGGUUGGUGUGCUGCCGGAGUCGUCCUCUGGGCCUUCGGGUGCUGCUGCUUAUGGAUUGGAUAUGGCGGGUCGAGUGGCUAGCGCAACAGUUUCGGCGGCUGCUGGGAUGAUAGGCGUGGGUGGAGCUGGGUUGAGUGUGCAAGGGUCCUCCAUGAAGCUCCAAUGCAUCGACCAACUGGACAAGGCCGACGGUCCUGGCAUCCCCGAACCAUACAUCUAUCUCCUCGCCGUGCAAUGCAUCGUCUCGUUGUGCGAAGGCUUUGCCUCCUUCUCCGGACCCAUCUACAGCAACAUUGUCGUCCAACGACCACGAGCAGCUGGAGAUGCUGUCAUUCGUGCUCCUCCUGCCCUCAACCUCGACGCCCUCCCACAGAAUGAACCCCAGACUCACCAUCUCAGCAUAGUUCAAUCCAUCAUCUCACAAGCUUGGCCUGCUUUGCUUGCCGCCCUCUCCUUCAUCAUCGCUACGAACCUGUCCGAUGAGCUCUUCGUUGAGGUGUUGGCGAGUUAUCAGGCGAUGACGAACGUCUCGGGGAUGCUAGGGCUUGCGACGCCACGAGACGCGUUCUUCAACUCAUUGUCGAAAUUCGCUGUGCCCAUUCAAGUUGUCUCGAGUCUCGAGGCGUGGGUAGAACAUCCUCCUGCACAGACACCCCGCUCAGCAACCGCAGCACUUUCGGAGGGUCUCGGAUUGGGCGGGCCGGCACAGCCACCUGGACUGUCAGAGAGGAAUAUGGCGUCCCUGAAAGUGCUGGUUGGUUGCGCACUCUUCUUAGCUGGAAGUCUAGGAGAAAGCUGGUACGCUGUGCUUGAAGCUCUUCAGAAUGCCGACGGCGUUCUGUCAAUGAUGACGAAGACAACUUCAGGCCAACCAGGGGGAAAGAAAAGCUUGUUCGGUAGCGGUGGACCUGCAGCACCCAGUACAGGCGCAGGAGGUGGCACCACGAGUCGUGUAACGUCUAUGUCUGGGUCCCAAUCAGGAUCUGGCUCAGGCUCCUCUGCUGCAAGGCAUCCGCUUCUGGCCGAUCUUGACGUCGAGACCAUGCAACUCGCUAUUCAGCGGCUGUUCGAUUCAUCGAAGAAUCUGGAGGAUAGCGCGUUCAAGGAUUUCGUCAAUGCUCUGUGCAAGCUGAGCGCGGAGAUGGUUGGGAUGCAGAGCUCGGAGGUUAUUCCGGUCAACGUUUCGGAAUCUGGAGAAGACAACAGUCAUGGCCUGUUGACCAUCUCGAAUCCGAGCCAAGACAGUAUUGUUCAUCGUAGGAGAGUUAGCGGUAUCUCAAUACCCAGGAACCAGCAACGAUCUGUGGACUUCAGCAUCUCUAAACUUGGUGGUGUAGCCAUGCUCAACAUCCAUCGCCUUAUCUACCGCUCUCCAGACAUCGCAUGGAACACAACAACCACCCACUUGCUCAUGGUCAUCCGCCUACAGUUUGCACCCCAAACCAUUCGCAUACAGGCAGCUCGAGUCCUCGACGAGAUCCUUCUCAUUGUACCACGCAACCUGACAAAUACUGGAGACCUACAAGCCCAAGUUCAGCGUCGCGUUCUCGAAGUCCUCUCUCAGCAAGUCAUCCCCGAUCCAUCCAUUCCUUUGUAUCAACAAACGACAACGAGCGUCGAGCUGCGGCGGAUGGGGUUGGAGACUUUGCACCAGAUUCUCCAGGCAGCGGGUCAUACGCUCGUAGUGGGCUGGGAAAUCAUCUUUCGAAUGCUUGAAAGCGUCUGUCGGCCUCCUGGUUCAGCCCAGAGUGCGCCCGGCCCUAUUCGCCCAUCGCGCUCAAGGUCGACAGACUCUGUAUCUUUGCUCAGUGGACCACCUUCCCCUGCUGCAAAAGCACGACCAUUGCCUCUUGGAUUAGGAAACCCGACAGAAAAGAGUUACAGCGGACUGGUUAAAAUCGCUUUCCAGUCAUUGACCCUCGUUUGUGAUUCGGUAUCAUCCCUCUCGCCUGAGCAUCUGCGAUUAUGUAUUGGUACUCUCGGUCAAUUCGGACGACAGGCGGACACGAACAUUGCUCUGACCGCGGCUGCAAGUCUUUUGUGGAGUGUGUCCGAUGCUAUUCAGUCAAAACGGAAGAACGUCGACGAAGAACCGGAGUACAGCGAGCUAUGGAUGUUCCUCCUCCUUGAGGUACUCGGCCUUUGUACAGACCCUCGUGCAGAGGUCAGAGAUGGCGCCAUCCAGACCUUGUUCAGAACGAUGCAGCUUUAUGGUGGCACUCUGAGCUCGGAAACCUGGGACCAAUGUAUUUGGAAGAUCACCUUCCCACUACUCGAGGCUUUGACAAGCGAGAUGCGACAACUCAAAGAGACGAGCCAAACCCUGGGACAAGGCGUCGAGCAAGCCUGGGACGAGUCGAAGGUCCUCGCAUUCUACUCCAUUGGCUCCAUCUUCUCCGAUUUCCUCGUCUCCAAAAUCAUGCUGCUUGACUCUUUUACUAAGGCCUGGGAUUUCUUCGUCGGCCAGAUCGAAGAAGCCAUUCUCCUCGACAACCGGAGCGUCAGUGCCCCUGCGCUGCGCUGCCUAGAGAAGGGCAUCAAAGCAUCGGCAGACGCGGAGGGCGUUCUUCGUGUCCGAGUUUCCGAGCUGCUGGAAAGGUCAUGGCAAGCCGUGGAUAUGCUCGGGUCGUCGGCGACGAAGAGAUAUAAUUCCCUAGCGGAUAUGGAGGCGUCACCGUUCCAGCCGUUUACCCAGGAGAGCCUGGUAGCGUUUGUAGACGUGAUACAGUGCAUGAGGAAGACGAGUCGGGGUGUAGAUGGCAAGGAGUGGGAUUUGCCGAGGCUGACGAGGCUGAUGGUCAUUCUGAAAGGUGUCCUAACUUACCCCAACUCGCCCGAUUAUAGACCAGAUAUCGACGCCCUUCCGCCUGUGCAAGCCGUCGUGAUGAACACUGUGCAAGACAUCGACCUGGCUGUCCCUGGCUCGCCCUCCCUCGUCAUGCGGGAUCUCUCUGAAUACGCCACUCUACCAUUCCUGGCGGCGUUCGAUGUCGUCCCUCAUCCACGAAACCAGUUACCACAAACGCCCCAAAAGCGAAUCACGUAUAUCUCGUUGUCGAAGAAGACGAUGCCACUGCUUGUGGAUUUGUUCUUGAGGUUCAAAUCGAGUCCGGAUAUCUAUGUCGAUGGGACGUUGGAAUCAGUCUUGUCUGCGUAUUCCAUACCUAUCAAGCUGAAGUACGAAUGCCCGGCACCUUCGAAGUACGGGAAGGAUCUACCACUGUGGAAGACUGCCACGACAUGCUUCCUAAGAAUUGUCAAGGAGUGCACACAUCAUGUCAAGCACCUGGAAGAGCAAAUUCCUGAUGAGCGGAUAGAAGGGAUCUGGAGGCAGAUUUUGGACGUCUUCAAGGGCGGCGUCCUCGCUGAUUGCUCAAUGUCAGAAUCAUUCCCUCUCGACGUCCAAGAGGCAGAAGAGAACUUCGAUCUCGCUCUCGUUGCCUCUCUUGAGAUCGACGUCGUGGCCCACCUCGGAGACCCUCGCGUUUCAGAUGUGGUCGUCGCCCAACUCGGCAAGAUUCUUCAACAAGGCAGCAAACUGUACGAAUCUGACGACCCCGGCUCGUCGUCCUCGCGAUCCUCUACAACCUCCAUGUUUUCGUCCUCCUCGGCAUCAUCGAUACCUACCUCGCCUCCGACAUCGACGAAGGGGAAGGGAAGUAGGACAUCGCCCCCUCCGACCCUCAGCCCAGCACUGAAGGCUGUGGGUAUCGAUACGGAUACGUCGUAUCCUGAGCUGGGGUCGUCGGAUAUUGGGAACCUACUUCCGAGAGAGAGGUUCUCGUAUUGGUGUUUUGAUUUGCUGUUCUUGAUAUGCUCAGACGUAACACGAGAUCAAGAGCACUCUCGAAAACGCCUGGCGGCGCUCAGUCUCUCUUCGUUGCUGAAUAGGUGUCGGACGACACUGGUGGGGUACGUUGCUGAUGAGUCGCUGAGGGGCAAUAUGCCGUUCCCGAGGGCUAGAGAGGAAGAGCUGCUGUAUGUUCUGAGAAAGCUCCUGGCACUUCGACUUUGGCCAGGCUCACUAUGGGCAGCACUGUCGGAUGAUCCGACCAAGUACUGUGACAAGCAACCAGCCCUUGGGACAGACAUUCCAAUCCCUUCUACACCUCAAGAACUUAUCGGAGACUCCGUAAAACGUUCGACGGUGGCGCACCUAUUUCACUUCUACCCUGUCCUAUGCGAGCUCGCAUCAAUACCAAGGAAAAGCCCAACACAAUGGGUGCCAUCCUCUCUCAUUAAUGUAGGCGCCGGUGGGCAACAGUCGCCUCCACAUGGGAAGGCUAUUGAGCAAUCAACGAGCUCGAGUGGCAAGGACUCCGGAACCACGGUCGAGUUGGAUGCGAGGGUACUGGCGCGCGACUGUCUGAAGGCCAUCGGGCGGGAGAUGGGAGUGUCGAGAUAG